UGAGCAGAAACUUGUGCAGCUGACUUUGUGGCUGCACAAUCACACAGCGCUGAUUCCUUACUGAUUUUAACUCUCACACAGUCUUCUGUUGUUCUAUUUCCUACGGCGAGAGAGCGGAGAUGAAGUAAUUGGGCGAAUAUUGCAGCGCGUAAAAUUGUGGAUGGUUACUUUUGCGCACAAACGUUUACAGGAGUAUUUGGUCUCCAAAGGUUGCAGCAUAAACCCAGAGCAGGGCGACUUCUUCUCUCUGACAAAAUAUCGCCCAGAAGCAGGCUGGAAGACCAUCGCCUCCGGAGAACACCACGAAUCCGCAGAGCGCAGAUGAUCGCAACUGGUGUUUGUGGCGUCGCGCUGGUGCUGGUGCUGGUGGUUCUGAUCCCCGUCGUGGUGAACUCCGCCGGGAAUCCUGCGCGCUACGAGAUGCUCGGGUCCUGUCAAAUGGUGUGCGACUCCCACGGGACCGCAGCCACAGCCACGGCCAAAGCAACCAACCCAAUCAAAGACAACCGCCUGGUUCAGUCGCUGCCGACUUUCAUCCAAGGUCCUCAAGGAGAGCCCGGGCGCGCAGGGAGGAUGGGACCGAGGGGUCCGGUUGGCGAGCCCGGGCCACCUGGACCUACUGGUCCGCCGGGAGAGAGAGGGGCCCCGGGGCCCCCCGGUCCACCCGGAGCACCCGGAGCUUAUGGCCCCACCGGUGCCAUCAGUGCUGCGACUUACAACACAAUUCCAAAGAUUGCGUUUUAUGCAGGACUGAAAAAGCAGCAUGAGGGUUAUGAAGUGCUGAAAUUUGACGACGUCGUCACAAAUCUAGGCAACCACUACGACCCUUCGACUGGGAAAUUCACCUGCUCAAUACCGGGGAUUUACUUUUUUGUUUACCAUGUGCUGAUGCGAGGAGGAGACGGAACCAGCAUGUGGGCUGACCUCUGUAAAAACAACCAGGUGAGAGCCAGUGCCAUUGCCCAAGACGCCGAUCAGAACUACGACUACGCCAGCAACAGUGUUGUUCUACACCUCGAGCCCGGGGACGAGAUUUACAUCAAACUGGAUGGCGGGAAGGCGCACGGGGGCAACAACAACAAGUACAGCACUUUCUCCGGCUUCAUGUUGUACGCUGAUUGAAACAUGGAAACGGUCUGCCAUGGGAGGGGGAGGCGCUCUGCAAAAUAGCUUGCUUCAUUUCUCAGUCUCGAUUCAAUGUCAGUUGGAUUAUCAGAGACAGAGCUCACCAUUUCCAUAUUACAAAAGACUGGCGGGUGAUGUGGAGGGAGGCAUGUACCUGCUCUGUGUAGUUACAUGACAGGAAAAACACGUCUUAAUGUAUACAUUGUUUAAUUGUAUCCUUGUCAGAUUGACUCAUGCACCUGGAAUGAUCUCGUAGCUUUACAAAUUAGGUUUGCUCCCAUGUCAGGCAUAUACUCGCCAUGCUAACACAUACUGAGUGACUGUAGAUUAAAAGUUGAAUGUAUUGACUCUAAGCAUUGAAAUAUAGAUGCUAAAACAAUGCUCACAUAAUCACCACUCUGUUCACAGUGUUGUUAGUCUACAUGUGUGCUUUAUUUUUCAAAAAAGAAAAAAAUGAGGGGAAAAUGUUCAAAGUUGUAUUGAUGCAUGAUUAUAAAAAGUAACAUUUGAACUCUGUGCAGCUUAAAACAUACUUGAACUCUGUAAGGGGCCAUAAUGACGUCCAUACUGUCACAACAUGAUCGCCAUAACUCAU